AUGUCAUAUGAUAAAACCAUUUUUGUUCAUGAAAGCAAAAUCAAAAUAUCGGUUUAUUCAUUUACGGGUGUUAUCGAUAACUUACACGAAUAUAAUCAAAAAAAUGAUGACGAUGGAAGAUAUAAAAUCUUACCUUAUAUAGCACCCGAAGUUUUGUACACUAAAAAAUAUACUUAUGAUUUGGAAAUUAAAAUCUACAAUGGUCUAAAGCCAGAACUUCCAAAACAUGCACAAAAAUUAUUUGCCCAAAUGAUGGUACAAUGUUGGAAUGUUGAACCUUUUCAACGACCAAGGGCCAUUGAGCUGAAAGAUAACUUAAGCCAAUGGUCAAAUAACGGACCGCAAAAUUCUCCAUGUAAAAAAGAUGAAAAUAUAUUAGACGACUCUUUUAAAAAUUUAUUAAAAACUGAAUUAAAUGUACAGGAAUACGAUUUCUCGAAAUUCAGCAAUAGUAAAAUUGUCGGACAAGGUGCAUCUUCGAUUGUGUAUUCAGCAAUUUACCAAUGA